AUGAUGAAGAAGGAAGCAGAUGCAUUAGCAACAUUACUUGAUGAAAUCCUAAUAUUAAAUCCAAUUGAAAACCACUCUGAAUAUACUUCAAGGGAACAGCUACUAGAAAUCAUUUCAAAUUAUACGAAAAAUGAUAAAAGUAUGAAAAAUGGGGCAGAACAAGGAUAUAAAUGUUGCGGAAUGGCGGAUUAUAUUACUUUGGAACUAAAUAAUUGUUUCCAAUUAUCAAAUAAAGAUAAGAACUUCAAUUUUAAUGAUACAGAUAAAUGGGUGGAUAUUAUUACUACUAAUAACUGGGAUUCUGAGGCAUAUUCAGCAGCAAUUCAAAUAAUCAUUAAUCUUGCGAAUUAUUCACUAAUUAACAAGCAGGAAUUAGGAAAAAUAGAACUGUUAAAGACCACCGUUUACAAUAGACUAUUCAAAGCAGAGUGCUGUAACCAUACAAUCAGAUAUCAAUUAACCGAAUUAUACACGCUAAUGCUAUCGACAAAUUGUAAACCGGAUGACAUUUUAAGUCUUUAUCUGAAUUAUAACAACGAAUACUUGAGAAAAACAUUAGAUUCAUUAGCGACUCAAAUAUCUGACCCACUCUCUCAGAAUUUUCUACAAUUUGAAAAUUCUUACAAAAUAUUCUCAACUAAUUCGAGAGAAAGAGAAAAAUUCACUUUCCAUUUAAAUAUAGAGUUCAAUGAUAUUACGUCCAAUAGAAUUUUAACAUUUGGAAAAGGUCUUUAUCUAGAAAUUAGAGAUGGCCAAUUUUGCAUUUCCAACGAUAACUUUAUAUUAGCGCUUUUUGAAGGAUACGAAUUUCAUCCUUCAGUUUAUUAUAAUAUUACAUUGACAAUGAAUGUCGAUCAGAUGAUCCUUUAUGUCGAUGGAGUUUUUGUAAAUUCAGUUACAAUUUUACGCAAAUCUACAAAGAGGUCAAUAACUUUUGAACUUGGAUCAAUGAUAUGUUCUUUCAAGCUCUAUAGGCUUCAGUUCUGGAAUAUUGCUCUUAAUGAAUAUUCUGUUAGAACAAUCUUGGAAGCUGGAGCUCAGUUAAAUACUGGGAUAAAUGAAACUUGGAGGUUUCCAAAUAUAGCAAGUUCAUAUGGGGAGGCUUUUUUGGAAAAACUUUACCACUCCGCAAACACCAACGAGAUAUCAUAUCCUUAUUUUUUACAACAAAUUUCUCAGUUAUCUUCGAAUAACCUUUUGCUCGAUUUUUCUUUAAGAAAUAUAAAAAAGGAGGCUUUAGAUACUAAUUUCAGGAUACGAUCAAGCAACGAAGAUCAAAAUAAUGAAGUUAUUCAGUUUGGAAAUAUUUACUAUUAUAAGGGCUCGAAUUUGGUUUCUAUAUGGAUGUCGAUAAAUGCUAUGAGACUCAUCCUAACAAAUUUGGAAAAUUGUCCGGAUUUUGAUAUUCUAUUUGAUAGUAUAUCGCAUUUACUAGUGCUUUUAAGAGACACUCGUUUGCGUUCGUGGUUUCAAAUUGAAUUUGGCUUUCCCAUGUUGGCUCACAUUUUGACGACGAGAGUUAUCCCAAAAUUUAAAAGACCUCUCUCAAUUGAAUUUUCAAAUUUAUUUUUAGAGUAUUGUGGUUGGAACUUUACUGAUGUCGCAUCAUCAUUGAUAACAAAUGAUGUGGCUUAUGAAAAUCUAAUCCUUAAUUUUAAUUUAUGGUACUUUCAAUCUGCGCAAAGGAAAGACCUUCUUCCUGGAGUAGAAAUUAUUAGAUUCCUUUUCUUCCAAUUAGUAAGUUUAAUAGAAAAUUCCAAAUUCAAAACAUUCAAUUUAAAAGUUUUGAAUAGAAUAAAUAUCUUACAAAGAUUAAGUUACCAUCAACAUUCUCUUGUUACAAUUUUACCUUCGGAUUUUACCGAUUUACAACCUGAUCUAGUUAAUGUUUACCAUGUUCUCUUAAAAGAGAAUAUCGAUAGGGGAAACUUGCAAUAUUAUAUUCAUUUUGCAUAUUUUGAACUGAAAUGCAACCAUGUUGAGACAGCUGAUACAUUACUCAUAGCAAUCGACAAGAUCUACAUAGAUGCCUUAAAUGAAGGGAAUGCAAAGCUUAUUGCGUUAUUUACAGCAUCUAUAUCAGUCAAAUUUUUAAUGAUGAUUUUAGAAGAAAUUGUGGCCUGUAAAGGUGACCCUACGAAGGGAAUAAAAAUUCUUUUGCGAUAUUUACUACUGAAUAAAUCAGCGAAAGAAAGCUUUAUUGCCAACAAUGGAGUGGAUUUACUUUUAAGUACAAUGAAAAAGGUUGAUAUGAUUUAUUGUGAACCAAUAAUUGAUAUAUUAUAUGGAUAUUCUACUGGUUAUGAAAUAUCUGACGAUCCAUCAUUAGGUAUAAGGAGUAAAUCAAAAAAGCAACAUUCUUCUAGAAUAAUAGAGAUGAAAGAGCUCUUGUACUUGGCAAUAUCAAUGCUAGAGUGGGCAAUUCUGAACGAUAUAAAAGAUAGUUUCCAAAUGGAUCUGAAUGAUUAUAUUACUGAUAUCGUAGAGAAAAUGAUUGUUUUAGAAAAUAAUCAAGAUAAUUACAAGGUUUUUGAUCCUAGGUUCAGUACAGUACUACUAUAUCUCAUAGAUCUACUCAUUACAAUGGGAAAACCACAAAAUUCCGAAAUAUACAUGCGAGCAAAAGAAGCAGUGAACGAACUGAUAACGAAUAAUGUAACGAAGGCAUUAUCCGAAUUGCGAACCUCUGAAUUUGAAAGAUAUAUUGAAGCACUUCUAAAUUUCUACAAUGAAACAGGGUUUAUUCCAUCAUACUAUUAUACACAAAAAAAGAAUAACUAUUUCGACCUUGCAUUCAUAAAAUUCAUUUUACCAGCCAUUUUUGAAAGAUACAUUGCAAUUGCUGACGUGUUUCCAACCCUACUUUCUGAAAAGGGAUGUUUAUUCUCAAAUCUUACAUAUAUUUUCAACAUUUACGGAAAUUAUUUAUCUGUACUCGAAUUGAAUGCGAAUUCAUACAUUUCAUGGAGUAAAUGCCUAAUUAUGUGUCUAGAUUCAUUGUUUUCUAAAUCACACGCACAUUUCAAAAACCUCUCAAGAACAGAAUUUAUUGAUGUGUUCAGAACACAAUUCUUUAGUUUUCUCUAUGCUAUUUCUUCGAGGAGUAUCGAAUGGAAUUCAAAUCUAUCAAACAUGUUUUAUAAUGAUAUUCUUCUUAACCAAGAAGUAUUGUUUAAGCAAAGCAACAGAAUUUUUGAUUUAGAUAGUAUUUCACUUCUUUUCAUUUUUUUGGGCGUUCAAUUGGAAAAGAAUGGACCUAAUGUUCUGGUUAUUUCAUGCAUUAGAACAGUCUUACUCUAUAAUGAGAAAUAUUUAGCAGAUAUUGCAAACUUCAUAGAUUCUGCAAAUGAAAAGAACAUUUAUGAAAUACUUGCCAAAUUAAUCACUAUGACAGAUGAUGAAAUACAAAGUAACUUAUCUAAAAAUGAAAGAUUACUCUUUGAUAAGCCCCAACAAGAAAGAUUCAGAAAGUUUAUUAUGAAAAAUAUUAAAAAAGGUGAUAUGAAACCAUUAGAUGAAGACAAAUUAUUCGAGCAUAUUCUAACUAUCAAGGAAAAUUCAGAUGUGUAUGUUAAUAAAAAAAUGAUGGAUGCUUCCCUAUCAUUCCAAAAAGAAAAUUCUGCUCUUGGAAAGCGAGUCCUUCAAAUAUACCACAAAUAUCUUUCAAACUUUACCUCAGACAAGGAGGAAGAAUUCUUUGUAAACGACAAUAAAUUAAGACACUUGAAAUUUCAGAACAAGUACACAUUAACAUUUCUGAGGAAUGAUGAAACCAAGUACUUGUGGACAUUGGAUAUAACAGAAGAUACUGAUAGAAGGAAGAGAAGAUUGAUUCCUUUCCAUGAAAUUCAUGAUAGCGAUUUAUCCAACGAGAACACUAAUGAUGUUAAGAAUCCGACUGAACUUAAGAAUUCAACAAGAUCUGUAAGAAGCAAUAGUGAUUUGGGAUCAUAUGAUUUACUAUUGGAUGAGGAAACAGCUGAUCUACAAUCUUUGGCUAGAAUGGACAAGAAUCGUAAUAUUCUCAAGGUAUUGAGCAAGGCGGACUCUAUCAAACAUAUUUGUAAUUGUUGUCUUAUCGUGGGAUUAGAGGUUAAUGAAGGGAUUCUUAUUGUUGGCCGUUUGCACCUCUAUUUUGUUGGUAAUUACUACUACUCGAAAGAUCGUCAAGCCAUAGUUAAGUUGACAGAUGUCCCAGAAGGAAAACGUGACAUUAACUCCAAAUUAAUAAGGGGAUCAAAUAACGUAAAAGAGGAUAUUGUGGUGAACCGGGACGUUUAUAGAUGGGAACUUUCUGAAAUGACGUUUAUAAUUAAAAAACCAUUUCUAUUACGUGAUAUCGCCAUUGAAAUCCUUUUUGAAAACAAAGUGAAUUGUUUCUUCAGCUUUAAUUCAAGUGCUCCUAGGGAUGAGGUCUAUCACUAUCUAAAUAAAUUGCCAAAGAACAAGAAUGUUGAUCCUAUCUUCUUCAACGCUCUUCGUGAUCUAAAGUCUAAUAAUUCGCUUAUUGGUUCUAGAAAUGGAAUUUCCAAACUUAGUUUGACGUCUAAAGUUAAGAAUGUUCUUUCCUCAAGUUCAGAUUUGACAGAGGAAUUAGAGGCAACAAAGUUAUGGCAAAGGGGUCUAUUAUCUAACUUCUACUACCUUAUAAUUUUGAACACCUUGGCAGGAAGAACCUUUAACGAUCUUACCCAAUAUCCUGUUUUCCCAUGGGUUAUUGCCGAUUACACCAGCACUGAGUUAGAUUUAGAUGAUCCCAAGACCUUUAGGGAUUUGUCAAAACCUAUGGGAGCCCAGACAGAGAAGCGAAGAAAUGAGUUUAUAGAGCGCUAUAAGGCCCUUGAACAAUUAAACGACAAAUUUUCACCUCCAUUUCAUUAUGGGACACAUUAUUCUUCGGCUAUGAUUGUGUCUUCAUUCCUUAUUCGAUUAAAGCCAUUUACGAAAUCAUUCCUACUAUUACAAGAUGGUCAUAUUAGCCAUCCAGACCGUCUUUUUAAUUCAAUUGAACGAGCAUGGUGUUCAGCUUCCUCUGAAAACACGACAGAUGUAAGAGAAUUAGUUCCUGAGUUUUUUUUUCUACCAGAGUUUUUAACUAAUAUAAAUAAUUUUGACUUUGGUAAGGGUCAGGACGGUCAAGAUGUCAAUGAUGUGAUAUUACCACCAUGGGCAAAAAAUGACCCAAAAAUCUUUAUUACUAAGAAUAGAGAAGCAUUAGAAAGUGCGUAUGUGUCAAGAAACCUUCACAAAUGGAUCGAUCUCGUUUUUGGAUGUAAACAAAAGGGUGAAAAGGCAGUGGAAGCAGUAAAUGUUUUUAAUAGAUUAAGCUAUCCAGGAACUGUUAACUUGGAGGAUAUUGAUGAUGAAAACGAACAAAGAGCAGUAACAGGUAUUAUCCAUAAUUUUGGUCAAACCCCAUUACAAAUAUUUGAAGAACCGCAUCCAGAAAGAAAGUUCGAAGGAAAGUAUACAUUAGAUUCAAAUUGUUGGGACCGUUUAUCCACUAAACCAGCCAAGAUUGUGCCAUCCAAAUACAACGGUUCAUCGAAUAAUAGUAUCAGGUUUAUAUAUCAGAAAAGCAAUACCAAGAGUAAUCCACAAUAUGAUGGCUUUCCAUUUUUGAACAUACCAAAUAACUCCCUGAAUCUUUCAAUAAAGUUACAGUCACCAUCCUCAUUAACUUUGGACAACCUAACAUGGAGGAAUUUACAUACGUGCGCAAUUACUUCUUUCUUAUCCAUCUCAAAGUAUAUCUUUCUAACUGGGGACGAAAAUGGGCUGAUCAAAAUAUGGAAAUUACAAAAUUUGGCAAACGGUAAUAUACUGGUACAACUGGGCAGUCUUUACUGCCAUAUAUGCGAAAUCAAGGAUAUGCAACUGUACCCAGAUCUGAAUAGCCUUUUGACUUUGGAUUCUUCAGGAAAAGUGAUGCUCUGGGAUAUGAUGAAUUAUCAACCAAUACGAAGAUUCUCCUCUUCUGCUUCCAAAAUUGCAAUAUCUGAAAAAUUAGGUACUGUCAGCAUAGUAACUUUCAAGAAUGAGCUAAGAAUUUAUAAUUUAAAUGGUGACAUAUAUUUAAGUGAACAAUUUGAGCCGCAUAAGAAAGUUUCAACAGUAGGAUUUCUGAACUUUAGAACUAACGACAUGGCUUACCAGAAACAUAUUUAUUGGGCAGAGCAUGAAAUUUUAUUGCUCGGAUUUUCAGGAGGGUUUAUUGAGAUAUAUGAAUUAAGAUUAAAGAAUGACAGCUGGGGAUUGAAUUUUUUGAAGGAUCUUCGUAUUUCAGAUGGCAUUGAGCUUACAUGUCUAAAAGCAUGUGUUAGAAUACAGUUAGAAGGAUAUAAGAUUCUUCAUAAAACGGAAAGUAUUAAAGUGGAGGUUGUUGCUGGCGAUAGUGGUGGGAGGCUAUACCUCUGGUAA